AUGUAUUUUAAGUCUUCAAAUGAGGGAACGGUGAUUCUGUCGGAGUACACGGAAUUCACCGGUAAUUUCACUAGCAUCGCUGCUCAGUGUCUCCAGAAGCUUCCUGCCACCAACAAUAAGUUCACCUACAACUGCGACGGCCACACCUUCAACUACCUUGUCGAAGAUGGAUACACAUACUGUGUGGUUGCGGUUGAAGCCAUUGGCAGACAGGUUCCAAUUGCUUUCCUGGAGCGCAUCAAGGAGGACUUCACCAAGAAAUAUGGUGGUGGGAAAGCUGCAACAGCUAUUGCCAGCAGUCUCAACAAAGAAUUUGGCCCGAAGCUGAAGGAACAGAUGCAAUAUUGUGUGGACCAUCCAGAAGAGAUCAGUAAGCUUUCUAAAGUCAAGGCCCAGGUUUCAGAAGUCAAAGGGGUGAUGAUGGAAAAUAUUGAGAAGGUUCUUGACCGUGGAGAGAAGAUUGAGAUUCUGGUAGAUAAAACAGAGAACCUUCGUUCACAGGCACAGGAUUUUAGGAAGGGAGGUACUCAGUUGAGAAGGAAGAUGUGGUUGCAGAAUAUGAAGAUAAAACUGAUUGUUCUUGGAAUCAUUAUUGCUUUGAUUCUGAUUAUAGUUCUUUCCGUUUGUGGUGGCUUCAACUGUGGCAAGUGAAAACAUUAUUUUGAUAUCAUUCAAAAACCAUGCUUCUUUCUUGUUCUUUUUGGUAUCUGAUUCUACAUAAGAGGAGGUUUAUUAUACCUUUUUAUAUUGUGAGACCAUAUUUCAUUUCAUAU